AUCAUCCUUCAUUAGAACUAUUGCCCUAACUGGUCCAUGGAAAAAUCUCAUCCUUUAGCCAUUGAAAGUUUUUCAUCUAGUUGGUUAUCAAAUGCAACAUCUCUUAACAAUUCCAGGGAGGCACUGGACUGCACCUUAGUAAAAGAAACCCUCAACUUUAAUUUUGAUAUUCCUACAUCCCAUGUUGCUCUUCUUCAUGCUGAUGAACUUUUUUCCGAUGGCCUCAUCAAACCUGUAUUUGUUCAUGAUCCUUCAGAGAGAGAUUCCUCUAAUAGCUCAGACUUCCUAACAGUCUUACCGGGCUCUUCGUUUUGUGUAAAAGGUAUUGGUAUUUCGUCCCUGGAGGGUCGAUGUGAUUGCUUUCUAAAAUGGAGAAAAUCGUCCAAGCGAAUCAUCCAGAAGUGUUUUGGGCAGCUGAGAUCGCUAUGCAGUAGAGUAAUUAUAAGAAGCUCAAGAAAAAGAAUUAGGGUUAACGAUAUUGAUAGGAGACUAGAGUGGGAAGUUAGGAGGUUUAGCGAUAAUUCACCAGAAACAUCCCCACAGCGAAGUACGGCAUAUUAUUCAGUGGAUGAAUGGGGUGAUAUCGAGAGCUCAAUCCGUGAUGCCAUUCUUCAUUGCAAAAGAUCAAUAGAGAAAUGAUCGUUUGGCAGAGACGACGAAGAGCGGAAGGAGAAGAGUCGUAGAGGUUUCAGAAAUGCAUGGCUAGAGAUUGAGCAUAAGUGGUCCUUUGUCCGUUUCUUCGUGUUCCUUCUCUUUUCAGAGAAAUGAUCGUUUGGCUGAGACGACAGAGAGAGGAAGGAGAAGAGUCGUAGAGGUUUCAGAAAUGCAUGGCUAGAGAUUGAGCAUAAGUGGUCCUUUGUCCGUUUCUUCGUGUUCCUUCCUCUUGGAUUAAAUCUGAAUAUGACUCGCAGAAGCUUCAUAGAUACAUAUAUAGCUGUAGAAACUCUUAAUUAAUAUUGGAUGACACUUAUUUGUUGUUUUCUGAAUUUUAUACAAAAAUGAUCUUGUUAAAAUAAUUACAUAUUAUUUGUCCUCUUCUUCUUGUAAGUUUAAGAAGAUCUCCAUCACCCUCCUCUCUUUCCUUGUAAUUGUAAAUGUGAAAAUCUUAGUAAGGCUUUUCAUGAUCA